GCUGCUCCCGCUUGCCCGCCUGCCUGCCUGCCUGCCUGCUGCUAGAUAGAUACUUCCUUUACCGUCCGGCCGACCACCAGAGUCGAAUCCGGCGUCAGUCCAUCUGGAAGGAUAGGAAGAAGAAGAAGAAGAAGCAUUCACGACAGAGAAGCUCGGAAGCAUAUUCACAACAGGGCUUGUCUGCUACCCUCGCCCUCUCUGUCCAAUCGGUUUUCCCUUGCAAAUCCAAUCCUCGGCAGAAACACGUUCCUCAGGGUUUGUAUGAUGUCAUUGUCAAUGGGGAUCAAAAUUAUUGGGACAACUGAACACCAGGUGCUGGCAUAUGUUUCAGAGGUAUGUGAGAUUGUACUUCCUCAAGUUAGUCGAUCAUGAAACUCUUAACAUUCAAUCAGGACUUCAGGCUCGCUAAGCCCCCGUCAAGUUUCCAGUUCAAGAAGGAAGUGAAUUUUGUGGGAAAGAGGUUGCUGUUGUUUAAGAAACUUGUACCAAACUGUUCCAAGGACAGAGAGAUGGAUGUGAGCACUUCUGCUUUGGCAGACGGUGUAGCUGAAUGUGUAAAUGAUGUUGAUGUGAAGGAGCCGAGCAUAUCAACGCUUUUGAUGAAUUUUGAGAGUAAGUUUGAUCCUUAUGGUGCUAUCAGUACGCCACUUUACCAGACAGCUACAUUCAAGCAGCCUUCAGCAACAGAAAAUGGUCCGUACGAUUACACCAGAAGUGGGAAUCCCACUAGAGAUGCUCUUGAAAGCCUCCUAGCAAAGCUUGACAAGGCAGAUCGUGCAUUUUGCUUCACAAGUGGGAUGGCUGCUUUAGCUGCUGUCACCCAUCUUCUUGGAGCAGGUGAAGAGAUCGUUGCAGGAGAUGAUAUUUAUGGUGGCUCUGAUCGAUUAUUGUCACAAGUAACUCCUAAAACUGGCAUAGUGGUGAAACGGGUAAAUACAAGUGACCUAGAUGAGGUUGCUUCUGCUAUUGGUCCUAAGACCAAACUUGUGUGGAUAGAAAGCCCCACCAACCCGAGAAUACAAAUUUCUGAUAUUCGUAAAAUUGCAGAAAUUGCUCAUGCGUGGGGUGCACUUCUUUUGGUGGAUAAUAGUAUAAUGUCGCCCGUCUUAUCACAGCCUCUGCAACUGGGGGCAGAUAUUGUCAUGCAUUCUGCUACUAAAUUCAUAUCUGGGCAUAGUGAUGUCAUGGCUGGUGUGCUUGCAGUGAAAGGAGAGAGCUUGGCGAAACAAAUAUACUUCCUGCAAAACGCAGAAGGCUCUGGUUUGGCUCCAUUCGACUGUUGGAUCUGCCUACGAGGUAUCAAGACUAUGGCAUUGCGCAUUGAAAAGCAGCAGGAGAAUGCACAGAAGAUAGCUGAAUUUCUAUCUUCCCAUCCGCUAGUGAAAAAAGUAAAUUAUGCUGGUCUUCCCAAUCAUCCUGGCCGGUCGUUACACUAUUCUCAGGCUAAAGGUGCAGGGUCCGUACUGAGCUUCUUAACAGGAUCAGUGCCACUCUCAAAGCAUAUUGUGGAGACUACCAAGUACUUCAGCAUAACUGUCAGCUUUGGGAGUGUGAAGUCUCUCAUAAGCAUGCCCUGCUUCAUGUCCCAUGCAAGCAUACCGGCUGCAGUCCGUGAGGCUAGAGGCUUGACGGAAGACCUCAUUCGAAUUUCCGUUGGGAUUGAGAAUGUUGAUGAUCUGAUUUCUGACUUGGACAAUGCCCUCAGUACAGGGCCGUUAUAGUUGCUGCCCAUGGACUUCCUGUCCUGUCCAUGUUACGGAACCCCACUCUCACAUUCCCUGUUCAGAGUUGGUCUUGCACUUCUGAUUGUUAUAGACGAUGAUUUGUCCCCUUCACGGUGGGAAUUCGCAUUUCGUAAUGUAAUUUAUCUUAAUAUUUUUGGUCUUAGCAAACUGGGUAGAGCAGUUUCAGCAGGAAAUGGUAUGCACUCGGGAUUUUGAGAUAUUCACACAACAUUCUAAUGUUACAAUAAACAAUCGGGUCGACAUAUAGAUUUUCUAUGCGAAAGGCUAAUUUAAGUCCUCA